AUGACGGUGCUGGAUAGGUCGAUACAAGUAAUAAAUCUUGAAACUGGUGAAACUCUCGUAAAGAAAGUUGAUUCACACGAUUAUCCCAUCUAUUGUAUAUUACGAUUAAACGAGAAUACAUUAGCCACAGGCGAUGAUAACGGGAUUAUCAAAUUAUGGGAUAUAAGAAAUGGAAAUGAAAUUAUGGAAUAUUCCGAACACCAAGAUUUCAUUUCUGAUUUUGCAUUUCGUGCAGAUACGAGAACUCUCUUAUCUACCAGUGGUGACGGAACAUUAUCAAUUUACGAUAUACGUAGACCAGAUUCAAUUGCAAUGUCUGAUAACCAAGACGAUGAAUUAUUGUCUGUAACCAUAGUUAAGGAUGGGAGAAAAGCUGUAGUUGGGACACAAGAAGGAAUAGUAAAUUUAUUUACAUGGAAUAAUUGGGGAGAUACAUCUGAUAGAAUAGUAGGUCAUCCACAAUCAAUUGAUACGUUGGUUAAAAUUAACGAGGAUUUGGUUUGUACAGGUUCUUCUGAUGGUAUAAUUCGACUUAUUGGUAUCUUACCAAAUAAGUUUUUAGGCCAAGUUGUUCUCAUGAUAACACUGUAA